GCCCUGAGCCGCUGCGCAGCAACGCCCGCCCACCGCCGCCCGCGGGGACAUGCGGAGAGCCGCCGGGAUGGAGGACUUCUCCGCGGAGGAAGAGGAGCCGUGGUACGACCAGCAGGACCUGGAACAAGACUUGCACCUAGCGGCGGAGCUGGGGAAGACUCUGCUGGAGAGGAACAAGGAGCUGGAGGAGUCUCUGCAGCAGAUGUACUCCACCAAUGAGGAACAAGUGCAGGAGAUCGAGUACCUGACCAAGCAGCUGGACACACUGCGGCAUGUGAACGAGCAGCAUGCCAAAGUGUACGAGCAGCUGGACCUGACGGCCCGAGACCUGGAGCUGACCAACCAGAGGCUGGUGCUGGAGAGUAAGGCUGCCCAGCAGAAGAUCCAUGGGCUGACAGAGAUCAUUGAGCGCCUGCAAGCCCAGGUGGAGGAGCUGCAGGCCCAGGUGGAGCAGCUGCGGGGCCUAGAGCAGCUGCGAGUGCGCCGGGAGAAGCGGGAACGCAGGCGAACCAUCCACACCUUCCCCUGCCUCAAGGAGCUGUGCACCAGCCCCCGGUGUGAGGAUACCUUCCGCCUGCACAGCUCCUCCCUGGAGCUGGGCCCACGGCCCCUGGAGCAGGAGAACGAGCGGCUGCAGAGCUUGGUGGGGGUGCUGCGAUCCCAGGUGAGCCAGGAGCGGCAGCGCAAGGAGCGGGCGGAGCGCGAGUACACGGCGGUGCUGCAGGAGUACGCGGAGCUGGAGCGGCAGCUGAGCGCCAUGCAGGGCUGUCGCCUGCGCGUGCAGGAGCUGGAGGCCGAGCUGCUGGAGCUGCAGCAGAUGAAGCAGGCCAAGACCUACCUGCUGGGCCGGGAGGACCACCUGGCCGAGGCCCUGCUCGCGCCCCUCACCCAGGCCCCAGAGGCUGACGACCCCCAGCCAGGCAGCGGGGAUGACUCGGGCACCCAGGAUGGCAUCUCUUCGCCGGCAGCCUCGCCCGACCACACGGUCCGUAAGAGCUGCAGUGACACGGCACUCAGUGCCAUCGUGGCCAAAGACCCAGCCAGCCGGCACGCAGGCAACCUCACGCUGCAUGCCAACAGCGUGCGCAAGCGGGGCAUGUCCAUCCUGCGGGAGGUGGACGAGCAGUACCACGCGCUGCUCGAGAAAUACGAGGAGCUGCUGAGCAAGUGCCGGCAGCACGGGGCCGGGGUGCGGCAUGCCGGCGUGCAGACGUCGCGGCCCAUCUCCCGGGACAGCUCGUGGAGGGACCUGCGGGGGGGCGACGAGGGCCAGGGGGAGGCCAAGGCAGGGGAGAAGAGCCUGAGCCAGCACGUGGACGCUGUGGACAAGCGGCUGGAGCAGAGCCAGCCCGAAUACAAGGCGCUCUUCAAGGAGAUUUUCUCCAGGAUCCAGAAGACCAAGGCCGACAUCAAUGCCACCAAAGUUAAGACGCACAGCAGCAAGUGACUCUUUCCUGGCCUGCAGCCUCCCCCAGAACCCAGGCCUUGAGGUCCCUCAGCCUCCGGUGAACGAGAGAGCCCUUUAGCAGCAAUAUAUCACAGCAAGUGGCUCCUCCAGAGGUGUGAGGGAUGGGGUUCCUCUGAUCUGGGGACGCAGCAUGUUCCCUGCUGAUGUGGGAGGUGGCCAAACUGUCCUGCCUCCCAGGAGCCCUCGGCCACCCUGCCUGAGCCCAAAGGCACAGCUCAGAAUUUCAAAGCCAAACGUCCCCACUCCUCUGGAUUCCCCAGCUCCCCCAGCCUCCCGCUUCCUGACCCUGGGGUUCACCUUCGGAUCUGUGCCAGGCUUCUGAAAGCCAUUCUGGAUCAAUUGGCUUUUUCUUUUUUCCCUUCAGUUUGGUUUUUCUGAGAGAUUUGCAAUGCAAGGUCUCCUUGACCCCUUGUCACAACUGGAAACACUUGAAGGGGGACCCCAGAGCCAGCUGUUACGGGUUCCAGGGGUCUCCUGGACCACCCACUGCUUCUCCCCAGCUGUGAUGCACUAACAUUCCCUUAGCACCAGCUGUCUCACCCCCGGGUCCUGACCAGGUCACAGACAGCCCCUGCCAUACAGAGCAGGAGGCCUCAGCCAGGCCGAGUGCCCCUGCUCCAGCCUUGCCAAGAAUGGGCUUCCCUGGGCUUCUCCCCUGAAACCCUUGGCCCACCACAGAACUGUGGCCAAUCAGAGGGAAGAGGGGGCUCCUCGGCAGCCAUACAUGAGCAGUAUAUAUACCCUGUUUCCUUCAAAGCCAGCCUCCUCGGGUUGCCACCCUGGAAAUGCCUCUGGGUACUCGCCUUCCAGGGCUGGGCAGCGGGGAGCUCCCGUCUUUGCACACCGCCUCUGACUCCAAGUUCGGCUUCUGCCUCCCCUCUCUGCACCUGCCCCCUUCUCAGGGACCAUGAUGUCUCAUGCCACACUCCCCACAGGCUAACCAUGGCACAGGUUGCAUCUGUAGCCCCCAGAAUGUCCUGGGCAUGUGCCACCAGCCACUGAUCCCCAGUGUCCACCCCUGUCCCCGCUUCACUGGGGACCCAAGAUUCUCAUCCCACAUAGAACAGUAUUCAGUUGGGACAGGGAUAAGGAACGUGUUCCCUCCCUCUCAUAAAAUGCCUGCUCUUAACUUCCCACCUUCGUGGGGGGCUUUUGAAGACCCAGCUGGAUCAGGGGUUCAAUCUUUUGGUUUAAGACUUCAAGAGAGUCAAGCUUCAGCUAAGAGAUGCCCAGGUCCCCAGCUUGCCCUGAGCAGUCCUUCAGGGCUGCUGGUUCCAUCUGCUGCCCUUCCUGAUUCCCAUACAGUCCAGUGGAAGGCGGUGGCCCUAGCCCCUGUGCUGGGAGCCCAGUGGGAACCUUCUUGCCUUAUUUAUUUCUCAUGGGUAAAGGGGUUUUCAUAACAAGCAUGCCUGACCUCCCUGGAGACACCCCUUGCUCUCCGGGUGGCACUGUGAUGCGAGCUGGCGGCCGGGUCCUUCUGUUCAUGCAACUUGGAACUUUUGUCCCUUGGGCUGGGCAGCUCCUGGCUCUCCAUGUGUCUCUCCAGCCUGUCCAUUCCCCAGCUCUUUAGCGGCCGACCAGCAUCACCUUUGAAGUAUACAUGAGAGAAAUAUAUUUACAAAUGCUUUAUUCUCUUUAAUAAAAAAUGCACCAGUAUUCUAAAAGCAGAAAUGG